AUGAUUUGGCGCUCGAAUGUGGAUUGGGACGAGUUGGUUACGCCUAAAGUUGCGGCUGACUGGUUAACAUAUAGGCGUGAACUGCAGCUACUCUCAAAGCUCAAGAUAAGUCGCUGGCUUGGUAUGUGCUCGAGUGCUGACGAGGAAUUCCACGUCUUCACUGACGCAUCGGAGGCUGCUUAUACUGCCGCUAUUUAUUGCCGUACUAAAACAGAUAAAGACGAGGUGAAAGUUGUGUUGAUCGCUGCGAAAACUAGGGUAGCGCCUCUAAAAACGACGUCGCUACCUCGUUUGGAACUUUGUGCGGCUCAUUUAGGUGCAAGGUUAGUUCGCCAAAUACAAACAAGUUUUGGCCAUAAACUCGAAAAUCUGUAUGCGUGGACCGACUCCAUGAUAACGCUGGCGUGGUUGCAAGGAAUGCCGAGCCGGUGGUCAGUAUUUGUGGCAAAUCGUGUUGCGGAUGUACAAGAGGUCCUACCGGCAUCAAAAUGGAGACAUGUCGUUUCUGAGCUUAAUCCCGCAGAUUGUGCGUCGCGGGGCAUAAAUCCCUCACAGUUAAUCACUCAUCCGUUGUGGUGGACGGGACCGAACUGGCUUCGUAAAACUGAUCGCUUUUGGUGUAAACCUUCUGUUCAACAUAAUACGGACCUCGAGCAAAAACCUGGCAAGACGACAUCGCAUGUAACGCAUACCGUUGAUGAAUUAAGUAAGCCUAUACCUAUGCGCAGUAGUCUUGUUCGUCUUCAACCGUUCCUAGAUGCCGAAGGCAUUCUCCGAGUUGGUGGUCGCAUCAAGAACGCUUCGUGCUCCAAUGAUAUUCGAAACCCGAUGAUAUUGCCGAAAAGAUCGUCCCUCGCAAGGUUAAUCGCUGCUGAACUCCACAUUACCAUGUUACACGCUGGUCCUCAAAUGAUUCAAGCCGCAAUGCAGCGCCGUUUCUGGGUUCCUGGAAAUACUGGUGGUGAAUCAAGAAGAAUGAAAAUCGGUGCCAAUUGA